AUAUACUCAUCACUCAUCCUCAUUCUUCCUCACUCAUCUCACUUCCAAGUUGAAUGAAUGUUCAAUUAUAAAAAUAUAUAGUAAGAAAUCAUGGGUUGUUGAAUAUGCCGUUGAUGUGAAGCACAUCUUCCUGGGCUCACUCAUCUCUUCUCUUCUAUAAGACAGAUAGAGAGACAGGCAGGCGGACGACCAAGAGAGAGUCAGGGGUCAAUGGCUGGCCCUAUAGGUUAUGAUAAACCUGUGAAACUGCAGCCAUGUCUACCACCACUCCCCAACAACACCUCGCCCGCUUAAUCAGACCAUCAUGCCGCCAAAGCCAAAUCCAACUAAAUGGCCUGCGCCGUAGCAAUAAAACACACAUCCGGCCCAUCACCACCACCACCCCCCUCCAGAUCAAAGCCAAAGUCCGGGAACCCCCCAACCGGAACACCUUCGCCAAGAUCCGCUUCACCACCGCCGACAUCCCGCCGUACUCCUUCUGGGAGCGGCGCCUCGUCACCCCCUUCGUCCCCAACAACGAGGUAACACCUGCGGAGUGCUACGACGCCUGCGAGCACUACGUCACCAUCGCCAGCCAGAACCAGUCGGGCUGGCGGCAGCGCACCCUCUCCCUCCCCCUCUCCACCGCACCGCAGCAGGAGGAGGGCAGCAAGAUCCCGCUGUACACGCUGCAGUACGCGGGCAACCUGCUGCUGACGCAGCGCGCGCGCACCCUCGCCAUCGGGACGCACAUCCUGCACAGCGGGACGGUCCUGGGGUACCCGCCCUCGGUGCUCGCGCUGGGGAUGCUCGGCUUCAAGACCAAGCUCCUCGACGACCCGCGCUUCGCGGACGCGAGGGACGCGCUCGACCGCCUCGUCUCCGCCAUCUCCCCUUCCCCCCAGCGCCCGAAGCCAAAGGGGGGGCCGGCAGCUCAACCCGUCAACCCGUUCUACCACCCCGACAUCUUCACCCUCGCCGCCCUGCGCCACGCGUCCCGCCACGACGACGCCCGCGCCCUCGAGCUAUUAAAACUAGCCGCCAAAUCUUUCCGUACCCUCCCUCCCUCCUCCUCCUCCUCUCCCACUUCUCUCCCUCCCCCCUUCCCCUCCCCGCCCAAAGAUCCAGAACCGCAGAUAAAAUCCUGGCAGUGGCGCACCCGCGCCAUCAUGCAAGAGCACGCGAUCCUCGUCAGGCGCGGCUCGCACGCCCUCGCCGCCGAGCUCCUGCGGCGCUCCAUCCACGACGACCGCGUCGACGCCGCCGAGAUCGGGCACCAGUACGCGCUGACCCUUUCGCCGGACGACAACCCGGAACGCGCCGCACUGCUGGAAGGCGCGGUCGUGGGCGGCGUCGAGGCAGCCGCGGUGGAGCUGGCGCGGGUGGCGCGGCGGAAGGUGGUGGAGGGGGUCGUGGAGGAGGGGUGGAGCGAGGAGCAGAUGAGGGUUAUUGCCGACGAGUGGGCGGGCAUCGCUGGGGACGAGGCCGCGGUAUGAAAUAAAUAAUCUGUCUUGUCUCGUUUGAAAGUGUUACCUUUACCAAGGGCUUUACUACAUGGAAUAGGGGGUGGUGGUGGUCACGUGGGCACCAUAAGCUCACACACAUUUGCAGCAUACCUAGGUAGGGGUAGUUCCAGCCUUAGCUUUGGUAUAUAAACAACUCCAUUAAACCUGGGUAUUAAUUAAACCACAAUACCGAAAACAAUUGGGAAAAGGGGCGAUGCAAUGCUACUUAUGUACCUAUCGCUAGUAGCACACUCAGAUGCAAUUUAAUACAGAAUCGAUAACCUUUCCCUACGAAUCGUAUUACAGACGCAAUCCGAUGCUAAGAUGCUGAUUAUCCUUACCGC